CGGAUUGGCGCCCGAUGGCGCUUGACUAUAGGAACUUGAGUUGGGUCACGCUCCACGCCAGCUUUAAAAGGAUUGGAUCAAGGAUUAAUCGGCAAAGUCGGCUUCAUAUCCUUGGGAGACCGUGGCGCAGUCACAGGAACAUGGGCAGCUUGCGUGUGACAGCGUGGUGCCACGAUCAUUGCCUCGCUGCGCUGCCUUUUGUGCUCUGCAGGGUGGAGCGGUUGCCUUGAAUUUGGCCAAUACCAAGCAGCUUAUUUUGCCUGUCAAUUGACACGUUCUUUGGAGACCUACAGCAACAAACUGGUCAUCUGGUCGCGCUCUACUCUACACGGUGAAGGUGUCCCAGAGGAUCCGCGUACCUCCUCGUUGAAGAGAUAGUAGAUGACAGUGAGACAACCGUUCAAUGACGAGGACAACUGCGUGAAGCUCAACAUGCUGGAGUUCGUCGAAGACCGAUUCGAGUCAUUUUGCGAGUUGACGAUCAGAUCUUUCGCCCGAGGCCUUUUAAACCGUGCAUCCUUCCGACUCAGUCGACUCAGGUGUUGCCGAGGAGUGCGGGACUGCGCCCAGUCCUGCCGCGAGGGCCGGACGCCAUCCAACCCUGGAACGGGUGCUCAUAGAGUCGGAAUCGCAUUUUGAGCCAAUGGAUUUCUUUGUGGGCGAGUCUUCUCGCUUUCAACUGAUCACUGGACACAAUGGUGGCGGAAAGUCUACUUACUUGCAAACCUUGGCACAGCUGGUGAUAUUGGCUCAAAGCGGAUGCUUUGUUCCGGCAUACUCAGCUUCCCUCAGGGUUUGCUCUUCGAUCUUCACACGAAUCGGAAGCAGUGACUCCAUUGAAGCCAGUGCCUCUUCUUUUUCGGUGGAGAUGAAGGAAGCGUCCCAUAUUCUGACCAGUGUUUCCUGCGACAGUCUAGUCUUGAUUGACGAACUGGGGCGCGGCACUGCUCAUGCUGAUGGAUUGGCAAUUUGCUGGGCCAUGUGUGAGAUACUCCUGGACAUGGAAAUCAGGUGCCUGUUUGCCACGCACUACUUUGAGCUUUGCCGCUUGCAGGCAAAAUUUGACAAUCUCCGCAACAUGCACAUUGAGGAGAUGGGAUCUGGAGGGAGCCAACAACGACGCUUCAUAGUUCAGCACGUUUCCUCCCUGAAGGCCUUGCAGUUGAAAGCCGAAAGCCACUAUGGAUUAAAGGCUGCGUUGUUGAACGGCAUAUCAAAUGAUUUGGUCAAACGUGCUGAGAUGAUGGCCUUGAAGGUGGAUGCAGCCUUGAAGCUGUGCGAAGAUGCUUCUUGGCAAUCGUUGAAAUCGAAGAGACUGUGGACGUUGUAGCAAGACAUGGAAGCAAACACCCAACACGCCCGCCUUUCUACGACACACAUAACACAUCUUGCGAAAGGAUCUUGACGAAUUGGACACUGCACGACAGCUCCUGGCUUUGAGAAAAGAUACGCCAAUGCUUCCAGAGAUCCUCAGGGAGUUGCAAAAGCCGUUGGAGCUGUUGAAGACUUCGACUUCAACUUGAGAGACGCGAAUGGCUUGCAGAGUGACCGAAUUCGAGUAGUCGGAGAGACAACUCUCAGUUUGCGAUUGAGAUCUGAGAAGUCUCUUUGUUCCAAAGACUUAGUGCCGGAAGAACCGGAGCACCGCUUCCUUGUCAAUUUGCAUUUUGGGUGAAGUGCCAACAGUUGACAAUGCCAUGUGGGUGUGCUGCGGAC